CAUAUAUAGCGUUAAGACAGUAAACAUAUCAAUUUUCUCUAUAUCAAAAAAAUAUUCGCGAAGUGCACAUAAGUGCUUCUGGAGUUUAUAUUAUUUAAAGAAUUGAAUCAAGUAAUUAGUGGAAAUACGACUUAAAUCGGAAAGUUAGCACUUGUGCAAAGAAUGCCGUCAGAAAAGAGUUGGAUACAUUUACAAAUGAUUUUUCAAUUACUUUAAGCUAAUAUUUCAUUUGCGACUUAAGAUAUGUUUGUUCAAAUCGAAGAUUAAACAUAUAAUUUCCGCUCGGACAAAUGUGGCUCUGUGUUCUUAUCAGUUCAAUAAGUCGACCAUCUCACGACCGUCGCUUUUUUAAAAUCAUAAUUCAAAAAUUGUAAAUUUGUGUCCCAGGUUACAUCAACAAUUUUGAAAUGGCAGAUUUGUUUUUUCCGAUUACAUAGGACCAUUACGGUUUUCACAGCAUCACUUUUGGCGUUUUAUUUGACGUGACGUCAUCAUUUAAACAUUGUUUUACACGUCAGUUUAUGUCAACGUUUGGUGAAAUUUCCGUUAAUCUGAAGAAACUUUUCACAAAUACGAGUGCAGAGUAAUUAGAAAAUGGAGGCGAGAAUAGAAACCGGUAUCCGGUCAAAAGCAGUAGGACGGUAUAAGCUAUUUAGUGCAAUAUUUUUUGGUCAGGGAUUUCUGCUUCUAUUUUUCUCAUCAUAUACCGGAACGAAUAUUCAUGGAGACGGGAACGGAACCUUUCCUUACUACGUGCCCUCAAUCAUCAUCAGUAUUACGAUAUUCAUCGUGUCAGGGGUUGGUGUAGCUAUUUAUGAUCGGGGUCAGCAUGAAUGUGAGGCGGAACUGGUACCUCAAGUCAAGCCAUUGGUGAGGUUGCAUUUCAUCGUAUCAGUUAUUGUGACAGUUGCAUGUGUUAUAGGAAGUAUAUUAACAAUUGUGUUUGGACUUUGUCCAUCUAACAAAUGCUCUUAUUCAAUUAACUACACUUUCAAUCAAGGAAUGGCCGCUUUCCUUCUAUGUUUACAACUUUUGAGCAUGGCUACGACGGUAUACAGUAUAUACAUGUUUAAUCAUUAUCGAAAACAUUUUGUGGUUCCUCGAAAACAAGAACGAUUUGCUAUGCCUCAUGGAGAAUUUCAAAGUCACACGUCACAGCAGAACCAAGGUUGAAUUUCAAAACGAGGUUUGGAUUCGAACCAGUCUACAAGCGCAUUCUUGCCAUUGGUUGAUUUAAACUUAGAUAUCACAAGCACCAAUCAAUUCAAUUUAUUUGAAUAAUGACUGGUUCACCUUUGACCAGCGUGUUACAGAGCAUGACUAGAGAGAUUUCAAAGAAUUCGGAAGAUGUUCUUAGAAGAGCAACUGUAAUGGUCGUGACGAUAUCAAAAACAUGGCCAAGGACAAGUGCGAAUAUUUGACACGGACUAUAUCAUAAAUUCGGAAAAGAUAUAAUAAAUCCAGAAAAAUAUAGCAAUUAUUGUUUGUGUAUUAUAAAACAAACUCCUGUGUGUAUGACAUUAUUAUGGGAUGAUAGUCGACAAUCUUUUUAAACAAAAACAAUAUUUCUUAUAAACCUUAAAUUGUUAAACGGUUGUGUCCCCUGUUUAUCUUGUAUGCCAUUUGUAAUUAUUGUCUAAUCAAAACUGUUUUUGCUUGUUUUUGUUGUUAUCAAUAUAUAGUUUAUUCAUAUACAUACAAAUGUCAAUUUGUAGAAGUUAUAUCCUCUUGUUUGA